AUGGAGUGGUUCGAUGCCAAUUGUUGCGUACUAUUGUGGGGGUGGGUAACAUCUCCGCGUGAACAAUGCGGCAAGUCAUUGUGCGAUGCUCGAUCCGGCGAGCAUCCAAAGGACGAGGAUACAGAACCGGACGGCAACAACCAGAAAAUAGCGCCGAGCCAAGACGAGGAAAUAAAGACUACGGAUCCGGUGACACCAUCACGUGGCCCCCAUCCAAGCUGGAACUUUUGCUCCCCGCGAGAAACAAUUUGCGUCUGCAUCAUUGCGACGCAUAAAUGUCCCCAAUUGGUCCAUGGUACCAGAUCAGGAGCACGCCCCAGGAGUUCGCGUCAGGCAACAGCAAUUAAUGACUAA